AUGUCUCUAACCUUCGACCCUCGAACCCAAACCUUCUACAUCCUCGGCCUCCCCAAUAGCACCAACACCACACCCCCCUUAAUCCCCAUAUCUAUGCCUGCCAUCGACGCACAACGCAUCCGUCUCGCCAACACAUCCAUAAACUAUGGCGUACAGCUCGGCCUCUGCCUCUUCUCGCUACUAACCACGCUCCUUCUCCUCCCCACCAACAAACUCCGGCGUCCCAUCCACCUGACCCAGACCUUCUGCCUCGUAAUCGCCAUAACCCGUCUCGCGCUCCUCGUCCUGUACUUCCCGGGUCCCCUAACUGAGUACUACGUCGCGUGGACGCAAGAUGCGUCCAUCCUGCGGCCGGACGAGUACAACAUAACGACGGCGUCGAGCGCCUUAAGGGUAGUUCAAGCUGCGCUCGUGGAGGCCGCGUUGGCGCUGCAAAGUCGUGUUCUGGUACAAACCUGGGGUUCGCGCUGCAGUCCUGGCUCAUCCACCACUGCGGGAAAUGGGGGAAGACGACAGAUAGGAAAAUGCUGGUGGCGGCUCCCGGUGCUUCUCUUCGCUGUUACCCUCGCCGUCGCUGCCGUUAGCAUGCGAGCCAUCUGGGUAGUCCGACACACGCAGGCGUUGAAGGGACAUGUGCUCCCGCUUCCCGUCGAUAGCGUGGGCGCCGCGGCUGUCGUGCUGGCAGCCGUGUCCGUGUUCUAUUUCUGUGGUGUGUUCUUCGCGCACUUGGCUUUGCAUCUUGUUGCUACGCGACGUAUACUCCGCGGACAAGGUGCUGGAGGGAGGAAGUUUUCGAUUACAUUGACGUUGAGAGGGGUGGGAAGAGGGAAGAAUGGCGGUUGGAGGAGGGGGUUGACGUCGUUGGAGAUAUUGGCAGUUGGGAAUGGGGUUCUCAUGUUGGCGCCUUGUCUCUUUGCGGGACUCGAUGUCGCGGCUGGCCCCCUGAAUACUCACGUGCUCCCCUUCGACGCCGGAUCUUGGGUAGGCACGAUCGUAGCAGCCGGGCUACCGCUCAUUAGCGUGGCUGCUUUUUACCGGGGCUCCGACUCGGGAAAUUCACGGAUGAGGCGGUCUCACGGAGAAGGAUGGUCUCACCGAAGAGGGAGAGAAAGUCGUCACCAUACCUCAUCUUUUUUUGCGUCUAAUGAUACUACACUUCCGUUUCCCCCUUCAUCUCAUAGUCACUUCCAGAAUUACUCCAAGACCGACGAGGAUACGACGACCGUGAAUAGCAGUAGUAGAUAUUGGCGAUCGAGAUCUCCCGCCAACGAUGAUCUUGACGACUUGGAGAUGGGAAAUGGGGGAGUAGAAUCCGAGAACCCUGAGGGAAAUGGUGCAAGUCGUGAAAAUUAUGUAAAGGAUGAAGAAAAUAAGAGGAUCCAUGCCCGAAGAGAUUACCAGGCCACUAUAGAAAGUGAGAAUUCGACAGAAGGUUAGAAUCUGACGUGUAAUAUAU